UUACAAGCUCUUGCUAGUGGCAUCUUUGUGUCGUCUGUUUGCUUUUCUCGAAUGUUGAUCCGUCUCGCUUGCAGGGUGCUCAAGUCGACAUUUGGCUGAAUGAACAUCAUCUACCUCCUUGGGUAGAGCACACAUGUACUUCUACCCGACGGCCGUGUUGGCCCUUGGAGCCUCGCCCAAAAUACAAUUUGCAGGCGACAAGUCAUCGCUGCAUUGGUACUGUGACCUUCCAUUGCAUUGCUCCGUGCUGUGCCACGACACGUUGGACAUGCCCUGCCCGUGUCCUGCUCUAUGUCUGGUGGGUGACAAGACCUGCCGUGCUUUCUACGCGCCAUCCUCUUCGCGCGCUUCCUUCGAGCUCCGGGGGGGUUUCAAAAGCCCAGAAUCCUCUCAACAAUGCCAGCAACAUGGAAUCAGUACGAAUCCGCAUCCGACUAGAGCAGCCUUCGCUGGCCAGUACAAAGCCCGCUGCGGAUAAGCAUCAUGCAAGCAACCUAACCAAGAUACUCUCCGCCAAUCCUUAAAAGGCCGGGCCGAGCAGUCCCAGUACGAGAUGCUAUGCUACGGUAGUUCGGGCAGAUGGCCAGUGCCACCGCGAGUGGUCGCAAAAUGCAACGGCCCCCGUCAACUCAACGUCGUGCAACCAGUGAACAGCCAGGCGGGAGAUUUGCCUAGCCCCAAGGA